CACCAUUUAAAUAUUCAUAGUUUCAUACCCAUAUUGAACAAAACCAACUUGACUAACGAAUCACCAUACAGUGACAUGGUUUCAUCUUAGCCACACGAUACACCUACUUCAUCAUUGACUGCCAAGCCAAAAAAUCCCAUCUACAAAACUGAACUUGCCCUCUUCCGUCUCCCUCCAAACCACCCAACUUCACCGAAACACUCACGUUUGACUUCCACUUAACUCCUCCACCAGCCCCUACUCCCCACAACCGCCGGCAGCAUUAGCAAUGUCAAGCCCCGCCGCCGACGCCAACGACUUCCGCUCCCCUCACGUAGCUCUCCUUCCAAGCUCCGGCGCCGGUCACAUCACUCCCUUUCUCCGGCUAGCCGCAUCGCUGCUGAGCCAAAACUGCAGAGUCACGCUAAUCACCAGCCACCCAAUCGUGACUCAGGCCGAGUCCAAUCUCAUAUCCAGCUUUCUCUCCAGUUUCCCACAGGUCACUGAGAAGCAAUUCCACAUCCUCCCUCUAGAUCCCGCAUCCGCUGCCAGUUCCAAAGACCCUUUCUUCCUCCAGUGGGAAUCCAUCCGCCGCUCUCUCCACCUCCUCUCUUCCAUCCUCUCCUCUCUUUCUCCACCUCUGGACGCCAUGGUCUCCGACAUCACUCUAAUUUCCUCCACCAUCACCAUCACCAAGCCCUUGAAGAUCCCCAACUAUGUCCUCUUCCCGUCUUCAGCUAAAAUGUUCUCCCUGGCUUCUUACUACUCUGUCCUAUCCGAAUCCCUCUCCGAUUCCACCAAAAUCUCCGAGAUCAAAAUUCCGGGGAUCGGAGCUAUACCCAGAUCAUCAAUCCCGCCUCUGCUUCUAGUCCCCGAGUCGCUCUUCGCCACCAUGUUCAAAUCCAACAGCGAUAUUCUCCGGCAGUUCGACGGAAUCAUAAUAAACACAUUCGACCAGCUGGAAUCGAAAACCCUCAAGGCUCUUAAAACAGGGGAAGUGGCAGGUGGGUUGCCUCCAUUGUUCAAUGUUGGACUAAUCCAUCAUGAUUUCGAGAGCAAAUUAGGGUUCGGCGGAGAAGGAGCCGAAGCUGUAUCGAAAUGGCUGGAUGCUCAGCUAGCUAAAUCAGUCGUGUAUGUGAGCUUCGGAAGCAGAACAGCUCUUUCGAGAGAGCAAAUCAGAGAAUUGGGCGAAGGGUUGGUCAAAUCAGGGUAUCCAUUCCUAUGGGUGAUGAAGGAUAAAGCAGUCGAUAAAGAAGAUGGAGAGAAAUUGGAGGGAAUACUGGGGGCAGAGAUGAUGGGGGAGGUUAAGGAAAAAGGGAUCGUGGUUAAAGAAUGGGUGGAUCAAGUUGAUGUUCUGAGGCACAAUUCUGUCGGUGGGUUUGUGAGCCACUGUGGAUGGAACUCUGUGGUGGAAGCAGCUUGGGUUGGAGUUCCGGUGCUGGCGUGGCCGCUCCACGGAGACCAGAGGAUCAAUGGGGAAGUGGUGGAAGGAAGUGGGUUAGGGUUUGUGGGAGGGAAUUGGGGAUGGAUUGGAGAAGUUUUGGUGAAGGGGGAAGAGAUUGGGAGAAGGAUUAAGGACAUGAUGGAGGACGAAGGAUUGAGAUUGCGAGCUGGUGAGAUUAGAGAUGAGGUCAGGAAGGUUGUUGGUGAGACGGGUGAUGAUGGUUUGAAGCAAUUGAUUGAGAAAUGGAGGGCUUGAUCAAGUUUUGCUUCUAUUCCUUUCUCUUGUUGUUGGUCUUGGUAAUGUGUUGUAUGAGUUGUUAACUAGUUAGCAAAUAAAAGAUCUAACAAAAAAAAAAAAAAAUUAAUAAAAGAACAAUGAGUUU